GAAACAUUUCACAUCAGGAAGAGAAAUUUCUUCAUAAUAGGAAGUCCUAUAUGAGGCCUGCCGCAAUCUAUUGGCAGCUUGCAAGUUUGCUCUUACUGAACACAUACACACACACACUGGAUAUUCUCCUUUCAACAUGAUGACUAUGACCAGGAAUUAUGAUUCCUUCGUCGGGAAUACAACAGAAUUAACCCCCAUUGACGGACUGAACUUGACUACUGAAUAUGUCGGUACAGUUGAAUCCACCACUGAUUACUUUGACUACAACGACUACUACGAAGAAAUAGGAACGUGCGACUACGGGGGGCCCGCAACCUUCUAUCUACCGGCUCUGUACUCUCUCCUGUUCAUCCUGGGCCUCCCAGGAAACGUCCUGGUGGUGUGGGUGAUCGUGGCUGGCAUGCGGCUCCGCAGCAUGACCGACGUCUGCCUUCUCAACCUGGCCCUCGCCGACCUUCUGCUACUCAGUUCCCUUCCCUUCCUGGCCCACCAAGCCAGAGGCCACUGGAGCUUUGGGGACGCCAUGUGCAAGGUGGUGUUGGGAACCUACCAUGUCGGUUUCUACGCUGGCAUCUUUUUCAUCACCCUCAUGAGCGUUGACAGAUACCUGGCGAUAGUGCACGCCAUUUUUGCCAGAAAGAUGCGCACAAGGUCCUUUGGAGUAUUGGCGGCGGUGGUGACAUGGGUGGCUGGGCUCCUGGCCUCGUUCCCGGAUGUGGGCUUUCUAGAAGAACAGGGGUUGAACAACACCAAGUUCUGUGCCCCUUUAUAUGGAAAAACCUCAGGAAACAGCAACUGGUGGAGGGUGUUCGGCCUGUUAAAAAUGAACAUCCUGGGUUUGGUGAUUCCGUUUGUCUUCAUGACCUUCUGCUACAGCCAGAUCGUGCAGACGCUCCUGUCCUGUCAGACGUCCAAGAGGCAGGCCAUUCGUUUGAUCGCGUUGGUGGUGUGUGUGUUCUUCUGCUGCUGGCUGCCCUACAACGUCACGUGCUUCUUCUACGCCUUAGAACUGAUUGGCAGCUACACGUCGUGUAAUAGAAGCCGUCACAUACGGAUGGGGUUGCAGGUGACGGAGGUGAUCGCAUACUGCCACAGCUGCAUCAAUCCCAUGCUCUAUGUGUUUGUCGGGGAGAGGUUCAGGAGGCAGCUGCUCAAGCUGAUAAGCAGGUCCCCCUGCAUGCUUUGGCCUGUGAUCAGGAGAUGCCUCCCGUCUCAGGACAGGCUCAGGAGCUCCAUGUAUUCACAGAGUACCAGCCUUAAUGAGCGGUCCACAGUUGUGUGAACGCGUGAGUACACUUGUGCUAGUGGUGUAUUCCUUGGCAGUUUAAGCCUAAAUACGGGUCCCUUGUAUGCUUUCAUCAUCCUCAUGACGGAAAUGUCGUUGUAGUAAUGUGGAACAUCCCUGCUUCUGAAAUGCGAGAACAUCUCCGCCUAGCGCUCGUCCGCUGCUCGACAAAAUCUUAGCUAUACUCUAAAUGGAGGGGGGUGGGGAAGUAUAAUAUUCAAAUGUGCCCCCUCCGACGUAUGAGGGGGCGUCGAAACUGACUCGUUCAUUUGGUAACUGUGGGAGGGAUACUUUCAGAAAUGCAUAUCUCACUCAAAAAAAUCAUGUACAGACUUUUUUCAAAUUUUGUAUGCUUGUGGGAGCACCAGAGACCCAAAAAAACACCCCAAAUCCCAGGAAAAGUGUUGUUUUCAUAAUAUGUCCCCUUAAAGAUAAUAAUUGAACACGUUAAUGCCAAUGCUUGUACUUGACCCGGUAAGGGAAUCAAACCAACACACAAUUGUCUGGGAUGGAGCAUUUGCUGCUCAGGGGCUUCAUGUAUUCAGAGAACUAGCCAUAAUGAGCCAAUAGUUGUGUGUUGUCCAACAGUUGCCAAUGCCAAGUACUAUGCUCAAAACAAAAGGGGAUGGAGCAUUUGCUGUUAGGGUUCCUUCCCUUUGCAGCGGUCUACCUGAGGAGAUCAGGGGAGCAGAGUUCUCUGUUUAAUCAGACUUUUAACAUUGUGCUAUUCACAUUUGCUUUUCUGUUUUAUUUAUUUAAGUUUUAUUGUAUAUUUAUCAUUUACUCUUUUUUCCUAUUUGAAUCAUCCGUUUUUUUUAAACAAUUCAGAUUUUGUAAAAUCAAUUCCGAUUUUGUAAAAAUAUUUUUGUAAAAUGACGACAAUACAAUUGUUACUUUUCUUUGUUCCUGUCUUUAUACGAAAUAAACAAAUAAAAAUA